CGACGUCACGCUUGCAGACGACUUCCCUGACUGAGAGGCCGUGUGACUCACAUUCCGGAAAUUUUCUGUCCCGAUUUAGACGCGGUUUUCUUCGUUUCUCCUCGAAUUAUCAGAAAUCCUACAAGUCAAACAUGCAGAACCCGGACGAGGACACAGAGUGGAAUGACAUCCUCCGUAAGAAGGGAAUCCUACCCAAGAAGGAGAAACCAGAGAUUACAGAGCAGCAGCUGGAGGAUAUGAUCGUGGAGAGACUCCUGGAAAAACAACAUAAGAAGGUAGAAGACAUGACAUUAGAGGAGCUGGAGGAACAGGAAGAUGAGGAGGAUGAGAGAGUCAUCGAGGCAUACAGGAGACAGCGCAUAGCUGAGAUGAUGGCUGCAGCUGCCAAGUCCAAGUUCGGGGAGGUUCGUGAGAUCUCAGCCAACGACUGGGUAGAUCAGGUCAACAAGGCAGGGGACGGGGUCUGGGUCAUACUACAUCUCUACAAGCAGGGGAUCCCCCUCUGUGCUCUAGUAAACAGGCAUCUAGACAACCUCUCCAUGAAGUUUCCUCAGACCAAGUUCCUACGCAGUAUCUCCACAGUCUGUAUACCCAACUACCCUGACAAGAACCUGCCCACACUGUUUGUGUACUACCAGGGAGAGAUGAAGGCCCAGCUCAUUGGUCCGUUUGAAUUUGGAGGGAUGAAUCUGACACAGGAUGAACUGGAGUGGAAGCUGUCCAAAUCAGGUGCCAUAAAAACCACACUAGAAGAGGACCCCACUCCCAAGAUAGAGGACAAGAUGAUGUCAUCAGUUAAACGGGCAGUAGCCGUAGGGCGGCCGUCACAGGAUGAUGACUCAAGCGAUGAUGAUGACGACUGGUAGCUGACCUUUGACCUCUGUUCCUUCAUUUCUUACGACAUGGACUUGAACACAUCUGUACAGUUUUUUCUUUGCAAUGUUUUAUAUUGAUAUUUCUGUAGGUAACAAAAGUCAAUUUAGGAGAAUCAGACUUUCAAUUUUGAAAGUAUUUUUGUUGAAAUUUGGCAACUUUGUUAGUUGCCAGUUGUCAGUCAAAUCCUGCAUGAUCAUGUUUUUAAACUCAGUGUUUUUCUACGGAAAACAUUUGAAAGAGAAUAGGCCAUAGUAUGGAGCCUAUUGUAGAAAUAAGAAUAGAAUUAAAAUCACUUAGCUGUGUACCAUCAGUUGUAGUGUUUGGCAGGGCUUGAAAUACCUGCAUACAAUAUGCAAUUUGCAUGCUAUUUUUAAGAUGUGCCGGAAAAGUAUUUUGCAUUUUUGUAUGAGAAGUACUUGAUCAUGUUUACACUAAGAUCUCCUACUCUUUCACAAGGCUAGCAUUGUGCUAGCUCUGUCUUCCGAAUGUUUGUACUGAUAAAAUUCUUUUUAUUGCCCCCAAAUCCAUUAAAACAAAUUGUAGUUUUCUUCAUGUGUCCUGUAAUGUGUUCUUAGGAACACAUAAUUUGUCGUACCUAUUACAUUUGUAGCUCUGGAUGUAGCAUUAGAAUAGAUGUAGAAGUUGAGCUAAAUUUGUGAACAUGCUACAGUAUAUGCUAUGUAGUGUUUGAGAGCUUCAAAUUGCAUGUAAAAUUUUGGCCAACAUGUAUUUUUGCAGGAAACUGAAAAAAAAGUAUAUCAAGUUUUGUUUGGGAUCAUAUUGGUUCCAGUUUCUUACUGACCCAACUUACAUUUGAUAUCUCUUGUAUAACUAGUCCAAGCUAGUAAAUUUUCUAAAAUAAACAUUGUGUAUGUUGCUCUUAAUUGAAAUGCAAAAAUAAUUAUAGCUGCAAUUCUGAAUCUGUGAAACUUGCAAUAAAGUAUGAUAAAUUUA